CCAGAUCGUCAUCAUCAGGUCCUCGUUCAACCUAUAAUUACAUAAUUACGCAGCAAGCACACAUUACCAAACCGCCGACGUUAAAGAAAGAUUAAAAAGGAAACCCCCCUUGGGAAAAAAAAAAAAGAAAAAAUCAAGGUAGGGGCAUGAAAUCAAGACAAAGACAAAAAUGACCUCCAUCGCAACGACAACAACAGCUUUCCCGCCGCGCGCUCAGCGGGGGCAGCGGCUCUACUUUGCUUACGGCAGCAACCUCUGGAUGGAGCAGAUGGCGCGGCGGUGCCCGUCGAGCUACCUGGUGGGCCGGGCGGUGCUGCCGGAUUACCAGUGGCAGAUCAACGAGCGCGGCUACGCCAACGUGGUGCCGCGCGCCGGGUACGCCGUGCACGGGCUCGUGUACGAGCUGGACGGCGAUGCGGGAGCCGGCGGGACGGACGAGGCGCGGCUGGACCGCAGCGAGGGCGUGCACACGGGGGCCUACUCCAAGGAGUGGCGAGACGUGGUGCUGUACGAGGCGGCGCCGGCGCUGCGGCUGCCGACGCGGGCGUUUGCGGACGCGGGCGGGGCGACGCCAAUGCUCCGGGAGAUGCUCGGGGAGAUGCUCGGGGAGACCGGCGGAGGGGCCGCCGCGUCGUCGCUGUUCACCGAGCAGCGCCCGACCCGGAUCGAGCGCGACGUGCUGGUGUACCUGAGCAGCACCUACACCAUGCCCAGCGAACCGCGCAACGAGUACAUCGACCGCAUGAACCGCGGCAUCGCCGACGCCAUCGCCAUCGGCGUCCCCGGCGACUUCUUCGAGACCGUGGUCCGGCGCUUCAUCCCGGACCGCCCGCCGCCUGCGCUCUCUCCGCCGCAGCCGUACUAUUACCGCCCGGGGCGGUCGCGGGCGCAGCAGCAGCGAAGAUAAUACAAAUAUAUCGACGACGACGACGACAUUUGACAACGACAGCCGCCACGACCACCGCUACGACCACCGCGAUACCGGAGGCUCCCAAGAGCGCGGCCGCAGAGCCAUCAGUCAGGGAGCCGGGGGCAGCGGGAAGGGGAGGACGAGCUCGGGGUCGGCAGAGGCCCGCCCGCCCGUCAAGUUGAGGCCUACGGCUCCGAACCGAAGCGCAGGGAUGGGAAUAAGGGCAGGGGCAAUAAGCCCGGAAAAAUAUCGAUCAGACUGCGCUGGUCAGUAGCGGAGUGGACCUAGGUAAUCCGUACUUGACCUCGAGAUCGGCAAUCAAGGAGCCAAGUCAGCUAUGAAUCACACCCGGCGGCAGCGUAAAAUGUAGUACAGACUACCAAGGAGGUAGGU